CAAGUCGUUCCGCUUAACUGAGGUUGCACCGAAAAAAGUUCAGAGCUGAAGAUGACUUCCAGCAAGAGAUCAGUGACUUUGUUUUUUGCGGCAAUGUUUGUGAUUGGAGGUGCUUUAAGCCAGUCGCGUGAGUAUAUCACCUAUUGAACAUUUUUGUCCCCCUAAAGCGAAUGAAGUUUUCACAUGCAUAUGCAUUAAGAAACGGUCCAGAUAAGAACGAUAGCAACAACGGCAACGAACAUGUUGGAAUGCAAAAAAGGUGCUGACUUUUCUAUUGUCUGUACUUACUUCUGAUUGGCUUAAAUAGCAAAAGUUAACAAAACUUCAUAAAGCAGUACAUACAUUCAUCCUUACUUUCCAACCAUCUUCCAUAUAACAAAAUCUAGUCUCAGUUUGAAUAACAAAGAAAUUCUAUGAGGGGAACAUGUAAAAUUGUAAACUUUUCUUGGCUAUUGUUUUCAACUCUUGUGAUUGGUCGAAAUCUUUUAACACACACAAAAAACACCCUUUCAAAGUGGAGUGUAAAUGCAUUUUAUUGCGUAAACGGCUUUCAUGUAGGUUUAUGCAUUCUCUGUGUAAAAAUGAGAACAUUCCUAUGUGGGGAAAGCAACGCUGCCGCAUAACGAAAGAAAUUGCUAUCCACCUUACCCGGAUCAUUACUUAACAGAUCAAAUUGACGCGGAAACUGUCAUUCUUUUCUUGCAAAUCAUAUAUUGCAGAAUAACGAAGAAGCAAAAUGAAAAUUUUCAUUUUCAAAAUAGUUGUGUUGAAUAUUGUUUUACUAUCGUUGUUUUGAAGUGUUUUCAUUUCUGGUGAUGUUGCGAGAUGCAAACAAUGAGAAAACAUUGUCGAUACGUCAUGCGAAACAAACUUUGCAAAAGUUCAACAAAUUAGAAAGUUCUAAAUAAUAGAAACAUCUUUUAAAGGUUUCUUUAACAGAAUGUAAACUUUUUUUAAGUAUAGGUUUAUUUGUACUCUAUUUCUAACGAAGAAUCUUUCCGCUCUUGUAUUGGCCGUCUAAAAUUCGUCGAGGAGGUAUAUAUUGUAUUCCUCAUGACUUAAGUCAGCGAAUAGAUAGAGUAGGAAGAAAAAAACUGUCCGAAAAGCUAUUUUGUCUGAAGGAAUGUGCAUUCCAUACUGCUCAGAAAUACUUGAGUUCAGUCAUGUAUAGUUGCACCAAGGGGAACCGUGAUAGGUGCUCUAGUAUCAGAACGAAUAUUAAUGCAGAUUACCAAUUCGGUAUCUUUAUAUUAAUCGAUGCUUUGUUUAGUUUAAGAUAAUUUUUCUCAAGGAUUAGGCUGAAAAAAAUAAUAGUCUGAUCGAUUGAUUGAGCAAUUCAGUGAAGACAAGCACAUUUAUUACAUUUUCAGUUUCAUUGUGUCGUUAAAAUAGUACAAAGGAAGUUGUUUUCAAUCUUUAGCAAUUCUGGAUAUUGUAAUCCUGAUAACAUAUCCUGAGUAGUAUGCGUGUAUGCAUGUGUUUAUCACCUGCUUUAACCGCCAUCUUUCACUAAUACUCUUUUAUUCCCUUUCAUAUUACUGCGGUAUUCCAAAGACCCAACUGAAUACGAACUGCACUGACUGUCUUUGUAACUAGUUCACAGGAGAAAUAUUUUCUACAUAUUUUAUAAGCAAAGACGUAGCGUCGCGGGGUAGCAUACCGUUAUUAAAGUGUAUCUAUAUAUCUGGAACAAUAUUGAUUUAAAGUAUAAACUGUAUGCAAAUUGCAUCUAUUAAGAUUCUAAAAAAAUUGGCAUGUAAAAAAAUACAUGUACCUUUGGUAUCAAGCUCUUAUCUCUAAGCUGUCCAUGAUCGUUACGUUUCAGUUCGUAAUUAGCCAUUUCGGAGUUGUGUAGGGAACUGGUACCACCAUAUAAAAGGUCAUGUUGAGACUGGUAAUUUGACCAAGUUUGGUGCUGUAACUGAAAUUGAACAGGAAUCAAGUUAUGACCCUUGAAACAUGGUUAAAGAUCCAUACAAACGUCUAUUGUUGGUUUUCAGUGUCACGCCAUUCAAAAUAGAUUAAAAUAAAAAUCAAAGCCGUUCAAUAGAUAAAGUCCAGAAUCUGGGAAAUGAAUACCCUGGGUACCAGAGGUUUUUUCUCGCGUGCGACGAGGUGCUUCGUCGGCCGCAGGCCGACUCGUCUUCGACGAGCGGCGAAGCCGCGAGAAAAAACCUCUGGCGCAUAGCGCCUUGAUUUACUGUGCUGGACCUUGACCUUGUCUCGUAAUCUGUCAAUCAAGUCGGCAUUACCUCCAGAACAACAAGCUUGAGUUUUAACUUAUGUAGCUUCAGUUUAAGCUGCAAUCCGUUCUUCCAAAUUUGGAUCUGUAAAUCACUAAGGAGAAAUAGACACCCCGCAAAAACUACUUCUAACGAGCUGGGCCCAGCGGGACAGAACAUUGCACUUUUUUGUAGGAAACUUUCACAUUUACGGACAAAAGAGAAUCGCUUUUAGUCAUUUAGAUCAAGGAACGACAAAAGUUUUUUUUUUGCGGUAACGAGGAAGUUUACGUUUCAGAAGAGGUUAAAGAAAAUGCUCUCGACUCGCAUCAGAGGGAAAAUCAUGCCGACCAGAAAUACACAAUAUGCGUGUCACGACCUCUCAGUAUGAAACAAGCGGCAAAAAUAAUGCACAAUUGCUCAGUUGUAAUCUACCCGCUGGAGAAAAAAUUUACUGGAACAAGCAGCAUUUUGGCACGAGGUAUAAGUCGUGUGUUGCCUACCGACCCCCUUUACACACUGCAUAUGCGAGGUAGUAACUGGAACAGCAGUGAUUUUCCAUAGCCGGUCGAUCCUUUGAAUAUAAUUACAAUGUCUUCUCUUAGUCCCACAAUUUUUUCCUCCACACCAUCGAGUGUCCCAAUGACUUCGGCUAUAGCCUGGUCUAAAUCUUUCGUUCAUACAGGUACCUGAUGGUUCCAAUUCUCUUCCAAAAGGCAAAAACACAACCUAUGUGAUGUGUGCUUGGAUUGUUUCAAACCACAAGCGUCCGAUCACGCGCCUAUUGUGAUUGUAAUCCAAUCAGAGCGUUUGAAACAUUCGAGAUCUCCAAGAAACCUAGUCUGCUACACAGCCGUUUUUAGUGUCGUCACGCAACCCUCCUUUCCCACUAACGUUAGUUACGUCAACUAGGUUUUUGUCGGUCAAAAACAAUGUGGCUAACAGUGGUAAAAAAAUCACUCACUUUAAAAUAGGUCUGAGAUACUACUACGUUGUUGGCUUAAUCAACGAAUAACUGAUUGAAGUUCUUCAGUCAACGAACUCAAAAAGGCGACAAUUUUCAUAAUACAGUAAAAACGCUUAGGCUACAAGGUAACCUCAUCAUGAAUCAAGGCACCUGAAAAAGAUUUCAGACCUUUGGGGCAGAAGGGGGAAGAGGAAUUUGUAACAUUGUACAAACCCUCACAGGAAUGGAGCGGAUAAUCCUAAUCCGCUGCUGUAUGUUAUUGCAGGCGGGUAAGCAGCCUCCAACAUGUGGUAGAUAUAGAACAAGAGACACAAUAAUAGAUUGUCAUAGACAUACGUACACAUUGACCAGGGAGGUUUAUGACGGUCUGGUAAUUCAUUUGAAGAAUGGUUUUCAAUAGUCAAGGCUUUCUUCUGUAGAUACAUUUGUCAUUGAAAUCACGUCUUUUUGUCCUCUUUCAGCACCCAUGGGGGUUCUUAACUGUUCCAUGUGUGCAGUACAAACUGAAGCAGCGUGUACCGCGCUUCAGACGACAAGAGAAUGUCUCAUGGACCAAUUGUGUCUUACAUUGGAAACAAUUACAACAACAAAUCAAACCAGUUUCACCAGAGAUUGUUUUCCGUCUAUGGCUUGUUCUUUUCCUUCCGUAAUUUGUGAUAUCAUAAACCAAACUUCCAACGGAACAACUCUG